GUCUGGUGCUGGCCGCCAUGGAGUCCAGGUGGGAUGUGCUGAGCGCGCUGGGGGCCGUCACCUGCGUGUGGCUGCUGCUGCAAGCCAUGUGGGCGGUGGCCCGUGGAGUGUACGUCUACCUGCUGCCCCAGGUUCGCCGUGGUGCCCCGUGGCUUCGGGCACAGGGAGCCUGGGCAGUGGUAACUGGCGCCACUGGGGGCAUUGGCAGGGCCUACGCGCAUGAGCUGGCCAGGAGAGGUCUCAACGUGGUGCUCAUCAGUCGGAGCCUGAGCAAGUUGGAGCAGGAGGCCAAGGACAUCGAGCGGCUGCAUGGCCGGCAGACUCGAGUCAUCCAGGCUGACUUCACCCGGGGCCCAGAGAUCUACACGGACAUCGCGGCGGGACUGCAGGACCUGGACAUAGGAGUCCUGGUAAACAACGUGGGCAUGGUUUACGGGGAAAGCAAGUUGAAGAGGACCCUGGAGUGCGAGAACCCUGGACAAAGCAUGACGGACCUGGUGAACUGCAACAUCAUGUCAGUGGUCCAGAUGACCCGCGUCGUCCUGCCCAGCAUGGUCACCAGGCGCAGAGGCGUCAUCAUCAACAUCUCCUCGGUGGCCAGCUUACGGAGUGUCCCAUUUUUUAACAUGUAUGCUGCGUCCAAGGCCUUCGUGCGAAGCUUCUCCAACGCCUUGGCCACAGAGUACCGCCCCUAUGGCAUCACCGUGCAGACCGUGAGUCCCGCUAUUGUCGCCACAAACAUGGCCAAUGGCUUCAAACCCGGGCUCCUGGUCAUGCGGUCUGAAGACUUUGCCCGGGAGGCGCUGGACACCCUGGGCCUGUCGUCUGACGUCUCUGGCUGCCUGAGCCAUGCCUUGCAGGUUUGCCUGAUGCCUUUCCUCAUGCCCCAGUGGCUUCUACACACUCAGUGGGGAUACCGGCUUGUCAAGCAGAACUUAAACAAAUUAAAGGAAGAUAACAAGUGAGCAGGUGCCAUGAGACAUUGCCGCUCUGGAAAGCUGGGCUGGUGUGGGCUGUGCUCCCAGAGGCCUCUCCCGCAUGGACACAGACGAGGAAGCCCACGGCACUCAGCCUUCUAACACCAAGGUGUGUACU